AUGGCGCGCUCCGACUCGCCCACCACCUCCUCCUCCACCACCUCCGACCGCAGCCCGCCCCCGCUCAGCGCCCACCACAGCCACCGCGACGGCAAGUCCUUCUUACCCCCAGCCACCGCCAGCUUCUCGCCCAUCCCCACCUCCGCGCGCCCCCGCCGCCCGCUCUCCCCGUCCUCCCUCCGAGACGUCGACCCCCCGCUCGACCCCGAGCGCGCCUUCGCCGCGCGCGGCAAGUUCCCCGCGCCGCCGACCGGGCACGAGCUCAUGGCGCUCUUCCCGCCCGCGCCCCCGCCCAUGCGCCCCGGCCCGACCAGCGGCUACUUCCAGCACGAGGAGCGCAAGUUCUUCGCGCAGGCCGGCAAGGAGAUCGUGCGCGUGCGCAUCGAAAUCGACACCCCUUCCGCCGCCGCCGCCACAGCGCGCCCGGGCACGAUGUCGCCCCCCGGCGCCCCGCAUGCACACCGGCACCCGCAUGCCCACCCGCACGCCCACCCACACGCGCACCGGCACGACCGCCAGCCGUCGGGCCCGUCCCCGUCGCUCCCGCCCCCGCCCUCGGGGCCGUCUCCCACGCACUCGCACUCGACGUCCCCGCGCACGCACCUGCCCCCAGCCCCGGUCUUCCCGCCCCCGCCCCAGCAAGGUCCCCCGACUCUAGGUGGACCCGGGGCCCCCGCGCACCCGGGGUACCCCAUCCACACGCCCCCACUGGUCUCUGGGCGCCCCCCGGAGCCGGAGCGCAGGGGCGUCGGGGGUGGGGCUGGGGAGGCGAUGGUGGUCGAGGACGACGAUGACGCGUGGCGGCAUCCGACGCCGCAUAACGCACGAAGACGCGCAGGCAAGCACACCCGCCGGGUGAUCGUCAAAUGAGCCCAGCGAGCCAACGCGCUCGGAUUAAUUGCCUAUGGAAGAAGAUGAAGAAACUGUACAGCCGGCGGCGCCCUAUGCGCAGACAGCGCGGCGCGGACUCGGGCUUGGUGUUGUGUAUACAGCAAAACCUGUCUCCCGACGACGCGCGGGAGUCUGUUCGCGCCCUCUUCCCCUCUCCCCACCAACCCCCUUCCCCCGCUAUGACCCCUCCAUCCCCACCUCCUCCCCUGGACGGCGCCUGCCCGCCCUUCCAGCAGCAUCCGCCCAUAAGCCACAGCGAAGCCGAAGCCCGGCGCUCGCAGCGACGCGCCGGGCUCCCUCGCACGUCACGACGAUCAUGAUUUCACGAGCCCGGAUUCAGGGCGGGGCUUCUUGGAGAAGCGCAGGGACCGCGCGGGGCCCUGAAACUCGAAGGAAGGGAGGGCCGGAUGUGUGUCAGACUGCAGACUGUUGCUGAGUUCUACUAGAUGCGCUGUAGCAUAUGCUCUUGUCAAUGAAUGUACGUACGUAUGC